AUGUCUACGAAAAAUGAAGUCUACUGCCCCUUCUGCAAUGCCCCCGCAGUUGACAACUGUUACGGCGAGCACUUGCUUGACCCAGCCACCACGCCUGACAGCCCCGAGCUCGCUAGGGCCCUCUACACAUCCAUGUCUACUCUCAUGUCUUCGAGUUUAGCAGCAGAAGAUCCCAGGAACGCCGAUGCUACCUACCCAGGGGAGAUCACCGAGACGCAGUUUCGGGUCGAAACGGACCAAGACAUCCAAUUUAACGGCACAGGCCUCUCUUCCUACCAGGCCGUUAGUAAAGACUCUGAGUCCAAUACCGCUGAGAUAGGAGCUAAUAUUGACAAUUCUCCAUUGCAAGCGAACAUAGGCCCACAGCGCAAGCGCUCCAAGUCGGAUCCAAACAUGACUGCCGUGGCAAUCGAGAAGUAUACUGCUGAGCUAACGGAUACCCAGGCCAGGGCGUGGCAGGCGCUGAAGGAGAUUGAGAAGGCGAAAAAUAUGCUCCGGCUUUCUCAAGCUCAGCACGAUCUGUGGGAUGAGGCUAUUGCUCUGGGGAGACAGAAGGUGAGGGUCUUUGAGAGCAAGGGGAUGAAGGGGACGCUCAAGAUCGAGCUUGCUAGGGAGCUCUCCUCUAGGCUUGAAGACUUCAAUCUGCGAGUCCAGAUUGGACUCAAGAAGGGGACUUUUAAGGGUUAUUAUUCUCUGCACUGA